CCCAGAACUUGGAAGCUGGUGCACUCCUGCAGCUGAGAGAAUGGUCAGAUCACAUGUCUGUGAGAUGCUCAGUGGUGAGUUGGGAAAGCUGGAUCAUUAACCAGACCAUUGUCCAUGACUUCCUCAUAUAACACUUCAUGCAGAGGGGAGGUGAUGUGUGCUGAGUUGACCCAUGGGUUCAACUUCGUAGAAGUUCAGAGUGCCAACAAUAUGCCCAAGCAGGUGGAAGUGCGCAUGCACGACAGCCACCUCAGCUCCGAUGAGCCAAAGCACCGAAACCUGGGCAUGCGCAUGUGCGACAAGCUGGGGAAGAACCUCCUGCUCUCGCUAACUGUGUUUGGUGUCAUCCUGGGAGCAGUAUGUGGUGGGCUGCUUCGCUUGGCAUCUCCCAUCCACCCUGAUGUGGUCAUGUUGAUAGCCUUCCCGGGAGACAUACUCAUGAGGAUGCUGAAGAUGCUCAUCCUUCCUCUCAUCAUUUCCAGCUUAAUCACAGGGUUGUCAGGCCUGGAUGCUAAAGCCAGCGGCCGCCUAGGCACGAGAGCCAUGGUGUAUUACAUGUCCACGACCAUCAUUGCCGCCGUGCUGGGGGUCAUCCUGGUGUUGGCCAUCCACCCUGGCAAUCCUAAACUCAAGAAGCAGCUGGGGCCUGGGAAGAAGAAUGACGAGGUGUCUAGCCUGGAUGCUUUCCUGGAUCUCAUUAGAAAUCUCUUCCCGGAGAACCUGGUGCAAGCCUGUUUCCAACAGAUUCAGACAGUGACAAAGAAAGUUCUGGUGGCACCUCCAUCCGAGGAGGCCAAUACAACCAAGGCGGUCAUCUCCAUGUUGAAUGAGACCAUGAAUGAGGCCCCUGAAGAAACUAAGAUCAUUAUCAAGAAGGGCCUGGAGUUCAAGGACGGGAUGAAUGUCUUAGGUCUGAUCGGAUUCUUUAUUGCUUUUGGCAUUGCCAUGGGGAAGAUGGGUGAGCAGGCCAAGCUGAUGGUGGAGUUCUUUAACAUUCUGAACGAGAUUGUAAUGAAGUUAGUGAUCAUGAUCAUGUGGUACUCCCCUCUGGGUAUCGCCUGCUUGAUCUGUGGGAAGAUCAUCGCCAUCAAGGACUUAGAAGUGGUUGCUAGGCAGCUGGGGAUGUACAUGAUCACGGUGAUCGUGGGCCUCAUCAUUCAUGGGGGCAUCUUUCUCCCCUUGAUUUACUUUGUAGUAACCAGAAAGAAUCCAUUCUCCUUUUUUGCUGGCAUUUUCCAAGCAUGGAUCACUGCCCUGGGAACAGCCUCCAGUGCUGGAACUUUGCCUGUCACUUUCCGUUGCUUGGAAGAUAAUCUAGGGAUUGACAAGCGUGUGACCAGAUUCGUCCUCCCCGUCGGAGCAACCAUUAACAUGGAUGGUACAGCCCUUUAUGAGGCAGUAGCAGCCAUUUUCAUAGCCCAAAUGAAUGGGGUCAUCCUGGAUGGAGGUCAGAUUGUGACUGUAAGCCUGACAGCCACCCUGGCCAGCAUUGGUGCAGCGAGUAUUCCCAGUGCUGGACUGGUCACUAUGCUCCUCAUCCUCACGGCUGUGGGCCUGCCGACAGAGGACAUCAGUCUGCUGGUGGCGGUGGACUGGCUGCUGGAUAGAAUGAGAACUUCAGUCAAUGUGGUGGGUGACUCUUUUGGGGCUGGGAUUGUCUAUCACCUUUCUAAAUCUGAGCUGGACACCAUUGACUCCCAACACCGAAUGCACGAAGACAUCGAAAUGACCAAGACACAGUCCAUUUAUGACGACACGAAGAAUCACAGAGACAGCAGCUCUAAUCAGUGUGUCUAUGCUGCACACAACUCUGUCGUAAUAGAUGAGUGCAAGGUAACUCUGGCGGCCAAUGGAAAGUCAGCUGACUGCAGUGUUGAGGAAGAGCCUUGGAAACGUGAAAAAUAAUGACCCGAUUCUCAGCCAAUUCUUGAAUAAACUCCCCAGUGUAUCUUAUGGUAAAAGAUGCUCUAAACAGGCUUCCUCUACAAAAGGAAAAAUGCAUAUAUUUCUAUGUUUACUUAAUCUGUUAGCUGAGGCAUAGAGGAGCUGUGUACACAGUAUGAUGAUAGGCACCAUGCUGUGUCUUUGCCAAAUAAUGCUUCAUAACUGUCUAAUGUUCUUACUUGUGUUAUUGUCUGAAUGGAUGCUGCUGGAGAAACCACUUUGAAUAGAAGACAUGUUCUUGCUAGCUUCCCUUUGUCUCAGUGCAAAACUGUGGAUGCUGUUUUCCAAGGGGACAGGAUGAAAGCAGUGUGGUACCCUCCAGGGACUUGAGACAACAAGCACACACGGUGUGGUAUUCCUUAAAGUGUUCAUGGCUCACCUUGUUCUGCACAAAAUUUCUGCUUGAAGCUUUUAGAAGUACCGCCCUUCCAGCCUGUAAAGUUGGCACCUACAUUGAUUGAAAGCAUUUGCCUUGGGGAACUCUGACAACUUACUUUUUUGUGCACUGUCUAAGUAAAAUGUUUCAGAGUUUCAGUGGGCGCCCAUACUCUGAAAUGCAGGUGACUAUAGAGGCCACAGAUGAUCUGCCUUCCCAUGUGUGUGUGUGUGUGUGUGUGUGUGUGUGUGUGUGUAAAAUGGGAAAUUUCAAAUUUGAAGAUGAUCUAGGAAUUAUUUGCAUAUUACCACUGUAUACCUUGAGGAAAGUGAAGGAGCAUAGUCAACCUGAAUUUUAGCCUGAAUUAAAUAUUCCAACUCAUUUGUUUGACUUGCAUUCAUAGAGCAUAGUGACGUCUAGUGUGAUGAUCUAUGGUUUUUUUGUUUUAUUCCACCCAUAGAUUCUCACUUGAGUUCCUAACCAAAAGAUAUUUUCAGCAUCCAAAUCAUGUCCAUCACAUUCUUGUCUGCUUACGUGACAGCAUUUUACCUUCCUCACAUUAAGAGACACACAUUGGCUAUGACUCUUUUCCUAUCAUCUUGGAAUAUAUCUAAUAUGUAGAAAGUGUUUUGUUAUAUUAAAGCACAUAAAAACUAUCACAAAACACAAAAGUAUCCUUUCUCUUUGUUGAGAAAGGAACAGAAAGCAAACAUCUAUAUAAAAUCCUAUAAAGGUUCCUAUGACAGAGUCCAGGCAGCCUCGGACCAUCAAAUGGGGACUAAGAAUGGCUCUAUACAACUUUCCAGAUAGAAUCCUUUCCAGGGACUGUGAAAUUCUGAAGGAAGAAAUAAUAUAAUUGGCACAGCACGAUGGUUUGCCUGUGGUAGGCAUCCGAUGAAUCCUUAAUGAUGGGUUGUGCAAGCUAAAAUUGUGAAUGUCUCUAUUAUUAUCUUCUGUUGAAGAAUGCACAGUAUUUUCCUAAGAUCCUGGGUUUAACAGUUAGCUGGGAACUCAAACCACUGAGAAACAAAACAAAUUCAACUUGAAGGAGUGAUAGAACCUGAGCCAUCAGUCAGGGCAUGCGUGUCCUCUGAGGCAGGUAGAAGACAUUCCUAAGUAGUAAUAGGACCCAAUGUCUCUGAGGAAGAGUGCUGAGCCAGUGUCUCUCCUUUUAGCCUCUCUUGUGACUUCUCUCCUUCAAAUCAGAUAGUUUGGAAACAUACAAAAGACAAGAGAUUCCUGUUGCUUUAUCUCAUAAGCCCUAACUAUUUUUAAAUAAGGAUCACUAUUGAGCAGUAUUAAAUGAAUUAGUUUGUUCUGUUUCAGGUUUUGACUUUUGAAACAAGGUCUUGCUGUUUAGUCCAGACUAGCUUCAAAUUCUCAAACCUACUGCUCAGCCUGAGUUCUAAGAUCACAGGUGAGCACCACUGCAUCAGCUGGCAGAACACUGUUUAUUUUCACUUUCUUCUGAGGGAGAGUGAACAGGAUAGCAGUGACCAGCAAUGAAUCCUUUAGAAGACAAGAAGGACUGAAGGGAUUCAGAUUAGCUGUGGAACUAUUCUAGAUAGUCUGUAAGUGGUACCCCAGGGCUUUUAUGCUGAGUAGGUGUAUCUAGGCAAGGCAUCCAGGAGCAUGCUGGAAUUUGCUGUGUGGGGGAGGGAAAGGCCGUAGAAUGAGUCUCCCCAUACAAGAAGAUACAAGGCCACCUAGGUACUUGAACAUUGACCUUUUCCCAAAAGCACUUGCAGAAAGACUGUGUCUGUCAUCGCUGAUUCUGUCUGAAAGUCUUUCUAGUUUGUCUUGUCUUCAGCUCUCCUCUAGCAGUCCUGUUUGCCUAUGUAAAGAAGACAGAGCUUUCAGGAGAAUGACGACACACUACUUCACAAGUCAGGUUUUGGUGACUACAUACAUUAUCUUGAGAGAAUAUGCUAACAAGGAAAUCACAUUUAUCUAAAAAUUUAAUAAAUUUUAUUAAAAAUAAA